AUGUCCACGGAACCAAAGCUCGAGUUGGGCGCACCGAGCGUCAGUCUCAUCCCGGAAGAGCCUUAUUCGGCUUUCAACAGCUGGCAAAAGCGCUGGAUCGUGAUUUUGAUGGCCUCGGUGGGCUGUCUGGGCACACUCAGCAGCUUUGUCUACUUCCCCGCAAUCCCACAACUGGCCGACCAUCUCCACGUCUCGGUCGCCAACAUUAACCUGACCAUCACCGUGUACCUCAUCGUGGCGGCGAUUGCCCCGACUAUCGUUGGCAAUUCUGCCGACACAAUCGGUAGGCGUCCAACCGUUGCCGUCUGCUUGGUUAUUUAUCUUGGUGCGGACAUUGGGCUGGCCUUGUCGCCAUCGUUCGUUGCUCUGCUGUGCUUUCGCAUCUUACAAGCUGCCGGCAUAUCAGGGACGUUUGCCAUUACCUUUGGAGUCCUCGGUGACUUGUUUACGCCGGCGGAACGAGGGAGCACCUCGGGUAUCAUGUCCUUUGUUCUUAAUACCCCUCCAAGCUUUGGCCCCGUUCUCAGCGGAUUGCUGAUGCAACGGUGGGGCUGGCGUUCGAUCUUUUGGUUCCUUACAACGGCGGCGGCGUUUUUCUUCCUCGUCAUCGCUCUGUGUCUUCCUGAAACUUCCCGAUUGGUUGUUGGGAACGGGAGUACAUCAGCGACGCAUGGUCUUGGUAGGCCGAUCCUCCCGCUUUUACUCCCCAAAUCUUCGAUAGGCGAGCACGUUUCCGAAGGCGCCUCAGAUGAUGAGAGAACUAGGCGGAUCAGUUGUUCCAAUCCGCUGAAGACGCUUGGUGUACUGAGAAAGCCUGCAACUUUGCUCAUUAUCUGCGCAAUGGCUAUAUACUACGCCAUCUACUCGUCCCUCCAAGCUUCGCUAUCAAGUUUAUUCAGCACCACAUACAAGACUUCGAGUUUAGUCACCGGCUUGAUCUAUCUUCCAUUCGGUGUCGGAUGCGGUCUCGGAGCUGUUCUCUCAGGCAAAAUCCUGGAUAUAGAAUACCGACAGACGGCGACCAGACUUCAUUUUCCACUUGAUCGCGGAGCAAACCAUGACCUGACCUCCUUUCCCAUCGAAAAGGCUCGUCUCGGCAGCCUGGUUUACGCUCUGUUGCCUUGCUGCCUCUGCAUCGCUGGAUACGGGUGGUCAAUCCAGUACAAGUUACACAUGGCGGUGCCGCUCAUACUACAGUUUCUCAUCGGCCUUCCCGUACAGGGAAUUUUCACUGCCAUAGGCACGCUGCUGGUAGAUACCCACCCGGGGAAACCAGCAAGCGCACAGGCGGCCAACAACUUGAUCCGCUGUGCAACUGCGGGUGCAGGACUGGCUAUAUUCGAGCCUACACUGGGGCGAUUGGGACCCGGCUGGACGUUUGUAGUUGCUGCCGCGAGCGGUCUCGUGGCGGCCGCGCUGCUGUUUUGGGUCAGGAGGUCCGGUAUGUCGUGGAGAAGACGGUCUCGCGGCCGUCUAGCCAACGAAGUUGGCUCUCAGUAG